CGCCCCUUUCCCCACAAUGCACGGCGACUCGUUGUUCUUCCUUGCUGGAUGUAUCAGCGGUACCUGCAUAGCGGGCUGACAGAGGAGGAAAGUAAUUACUAUGGCAGCUGCUACCAUAGUGCACGAUACCUCCGAAGCUGUCGUGCUAUGUGGGCCGCAUGGGCUGUUCCUAAAGCCCAUCUCAAAGAUGGUCAUCAGCGUGACACUGCCUCAGCUAAAGCAACCUGGAAAAUCCAUCUCCAACUGGGAAGUGAUGGAGCGUCUGAAAGGCAUGGUGAACAACCACCAGUUUUCUACAUUACGAAUCUCCAAAAGCACCAUGGAUUUCAUCCGCUUUGAAGGCGAGGUAGACAAUAAGGGUUUAGUGAAGGCUUUUAUAAGUGCUUUGGAUGGCAAGAGUAUAAAACUGAGCGGGUUCUCCGACAUUCUGAAAGUCAGAGCAGCCGAGUAUAAAAUCGAUUUUCCUACCAGGCACGACUGGGACUCUUUCUUCCGUGAUGCAGCAGACAUGGAUGAAAAUUUGCCAGGAGAGAGACCAGACACAAUCCAUUUGGAAGGCCUUCCGUGCAAGUGGUUUGCUAAUAAAGACUGUGGAUCUGAAAAGCCAAGUGAAGAAGUCCUUAUAAAGAUCUUCAGCCUCUUUGGAGACAUCAGGAAUGUAGACAUCCCCAUGCUUGAUCCCUACAGAGAAGAAAUGACUGGCAGAAGCUUCCAUACAUUCAGUUUUGGUGGACACCUAAACUUUGAAGCUUAUAUACAGUUCAGGGAGUAUAUGGGGUUUGUAAAGGCCAUGACUGCUUUGCGUGGUAUGAAGCUAAUGUAUAAAGGUGAAGAUGGUAAAGCUAUUGCUUGUAAUAUAAAGGUUUCCUUUGAUAAAACAAAGCAUCUGACUGAGACAUCUAUUAAAAAGCGUCAUCUCGAGCGACAGAAAUUGCAAGAACUUGAAGAACGUCGAGAGGAGCAAAAGAGAAAACAGAAGGAAGCAGAAGAAAGACAAAAAGAAGAGGAACGAAAACAAAAGGAACUGGAAGAGAUUGAGAAAGAGAAAAAGCGUCUAGAGAAGAUCAGAAAGAAGGAGGAUAAACAACGAGAACGGGAAGCUCGCAAGAACAAGAAAAAGCUGCAAAAACUGCAAGCGGAGGAGCAAAAGAGAUUGCAGGAGAAGAUCCGAUUUGAAGAGAGAAAGCUCCUAUUGUCUCAGAGGAAUUUGCAGUCCAUCAGGUUAAUUGUAGAGCUUCUAAGCAGAGUGAAGGCCACCAAGAUUCGUGAACAGGAAGAGAAAGAGGCAGAAAGGAUUCACCUUCUCCAUCUGGAAGAGAGAAGAAGAGAGCAGGAGGCAGAGCUAAGACGAGUGGAAGAAGAGAAGCAGCGUACCUUAAUUUUAUUCCGCAAAGAGAGAGAAUUGAGAGAGAAACUUGUGAAUAGUUUCCUUAACAGAAAUGUAUGCGCUGCCUCUCAGAUGAAAGAGGAGUCUCAACUGCCACAGUGUUAUCCUUUCACACCCAGUGAAAAUCUCCUCCAAGACCACUUAGCAAGCUCUUUCACAUCUACCUCAACACAAACGCUAUCAGAAUAUGAGUCACUCAGGCCACACAUUCACUAUGCAAAUUCCAACCCCCAUGUUGUAAAUGGGGUCUGUUUGGAGGCCACCGCACCACAGGAAUGUAAACAGAUAUAUGACAUUAAUCCAGGUAGACCUCUAUACUCCCUCACCAGCAUUCUUGGCAAUACUAUCCAGCAUAAUUAUUCAGCAAGUGAUGAUCCCACUUCCUGGCUAAAUGAAGUCGAAACUCACCAAAGCAAAGGUGAGCCACAUGUUCACAUUGAGUCAGACGUAACCAGCAACCAUGUACACUCUCAGGACAAAGAACACAAACCUAAAUCAAAACCGAAGCGGGACUUAAGCAGAGACGAGGACUAUCACAAAAAAGCAAAGAAGUCCCACAAGAAGCAUUCCUCUAGAGAUUGCAGCCCACACACAAGAAGCAGUAGCUGUGAACGUAGUAGUCACCGAAGCAGAGAUCUGAAGCCAAGGCCCGGUCAUAAGCAGAAGAGGCACCAUCGGAGAUCAUAUAGCAGAGAUAAGGAUUCUUGGAGUAGCUGAACACAAGCCACUCUGUGCAGCAGUUUUCUGCAUGUAGAACUGUUGGCCAGUUUGGAA